AUGGCACAUACUUUUCGGCCCGCGUCGCCUGCCGAACAACUGCCUGCAUACUAUCAAGACACAGGGGACGAAAACAUCCAAUACUGUUUCCGUGACUUUGACUCAGAACGUAACUUCGAUCUCUUCGAUCGGCAAACACGAGAGCACAAAAGCAGUAAUUUCUGUAUCGACUUUGGUGAGGAUGACGCCUUUUGCGCUUUCGACCUCGACGCACAAGCAUACGAGAAACUUUUCAACUCGCCACGACCGACCGAGCUACACACGCGAUGGAUCAAUAUAUGGAUGCCUUACAACCAGAAAGACCUCAUUCGGACGCUGGCCUCACAUUUCGACUUCACGCCACGAUAA